AUGGCAGCGGCCGCUGGCGGGCCGCCCGGCGUCGCCACGGCUGGCGCGGCCAGGAGAGUGGUGCGGCUCGCCAGCGGCGCUGGGGGCACCUUCGGCGUCGACGACAUCGCCGUGGCGUGGGCCACGUCGGGCGGAUUCUGGGAGGCCGAGGGGCUGGACGUGCAGUGGGUCCCCGCCCGCGGCGGCGUCAAGGCCGCGGAGGCGGUGCUGAGGGGCGAGGUCGACGGCGCUUACGGAACGUGGGUGCCCUGCGUGAAGCUCCGCCUCGACGGCAAGCCCCUGAGGGUCCUGGCGUCGAUGGCCCAGGCGCUCGCCCAGAACCUCGUGGCGCGCAGAGACAGGGUGCCCAGCACCGAGGCCCUGAGGGGCAAGCGGUGGGCCGUAGACGGGAUCGGCGCCCUCAGCCACACGCUUGCGCAGCUGAUCGCCAGGGGCCUGGGCCUGGCGGACGGCGAGGUGGAGUGGGUGGUGGCUGGGCCUCCGCCGCAGCGCAUCGAACUCCUGCUCAAGGGCGAGUGCGACUGCUCGCUGGUGCGUGUGGAGGAGGCCGUGGUCUUGUCCAGGGAGCAUCCGGACCUGCUCUGCAGGCUGCUCGGCUUCGAGGAGAUCCUGCCACUGGCGCCCACGCAGCCUCACGGGGUCAUCUCCGUGACCGACGAGUUCUUGAAGACUCAGCCAGAGGCGUGCGCGGCACUGGUGCGGGGCCUCGUGAGGGCGUCGCGGAGCCUUCACGACGACGUGUGCAACUUCAGGCGCGCCGUGGAGCAUCACGUCACCGCGCGGCCCGCGGCCGUGGGCCCGAGCGUGGACGUCAGCGACGAGGAGGUGGCCGCCAUAUGGCAGAGGGAGGUGGCCGCCGGCAGCUUCGCGGUGAACGGCGGGCUCACCUCGGCGCACUGGGCAAGGAGCCUGCAGGUGUACGCCGACCUCUACCAGGACCCGCGGGCGCUGGGCCUCCGGCUGGAGGACUUCGCCGCCCCUGGGCUCGUGGCCGCGGCGCUGGCCCAGCUGGGGGUCCACGGCGCGGGCCACGACGUCCCAGCAGAGGGCCAGGCCGCGUAG